AUGAGUACAUCUAUUCAGGAAAGAAAGACAAAGCUGCUUAAAAGGCUCGAAUUCACUCUUGGAAUCACUUCCUCAACACUUCUGGACAUAAACUCUGUUCUCAAAAGAAUCACAGAAGCCAAUUCCCACCUUGAAAAGGUAGCAGAUACUUACAGUAUCUGGUCUGCCAAAAUCUCUUCGUUUCAAUAA